UCAUAUCAAUUAACAAAUCUUUCUGGCUUUUUAUAUGAUUUCUUCCUGCGAUAACUACUCUAGUUUUCGAUCCGAUCGAUUAAUUAAGCUCCUCCUGCUCUUACAUGUUUUUCUUUUUUUGGGUCCAAGUCUAAUAAUGGGGGAUGAUGGUGAUGCUCCAUUCCCUAAUUUAGGGAUUGAUUAGUAAAAUAUUGAUACUUAGAUUAAAAGUUUCAAUUGUGUGCUUUUUCUCAGCUAAGAACAAGAUCAGAUCGGCUUCCUUGUACUAAUAUUUUGCAGCCAUGUCAAGUUUAACUGUGAGAAGGGUGUCACGUGGCAGAUACUCUUUGGCAGAUAUACAAUCGGUUCAGAAUCUUAUUGAAGGAUGCCUCCAGCGUUACAUGAACCAGAAAGAAGCUGUUGACUUUCUACUAGAGAAGAAUAAGAUCGAACCUGGUUUUACUCAACUUGUUUGGCAGAAGCUUGAAGAAGAGAACCGAGAUUUUUUCAGGGCAUAUUAUCUGAGACUCAUGGUAAAGCACCAGAUUAUGGAAUAUAACAAGCUGCUUGAGCAGCAGGCAAACCACAUGCGUCAGAUUCAUCCAACCAGAGGGGUUUCCAACCAACACGGAAAUGGUUCUCAUGUUCCAUUAAUGAAUCAGCAACAAUUAUGCUUUGAACGCAAGGAUUCAGAUCAGUCCUUUCCUAAUCUGUCAAGUGCAUACCUCAAUAGAGUCUCAGCUAUUAACACAAAUCUGCCUUCUUAUGUGGACAUUUCAACCAAUUCUAGAAGAGUUGAUCCUCCACAAAACUUGCUCUGCUCGCCGGGCACAAAUAUGCCUUUGAUGCAAGGAGUGAUUAAAUCUGAGACUGCAUAUUCAAACUCUGCUCCGUACAUGUAUGGUGGUGAAGCACAGUCCACAGUUGGAGAUGCCUCCCUUGCAUCUUUCAGCAACGAGUCCAGCAGUCAAUCCCUCAAUGAUCCACUUGUUGAUGCAGACGCUUCUCCAUUUGGGUCCCUACGUCAAAUUCCUCGGAACUUCAGCCUCUCUGAUCUGACAGCUGAUUUUUCCCAGAGCUCAGAGAUUCUGGAGAGCUAUGAUGGAUCACCAUUCCUAUUGGCUGAUGCUGAAAACUUCCUGGACUCUAGCGACAGGGUAGAACAUCAGGGAGAUUACGAGAGAUUGGGGACUAUAUCUGAAGGCUUCAUUUACAAAAACCUCGGUAACAAAUAGGUGUUGUUAGAUUUGGAGCUUCAUCAUCAUGCUUUUGACCUUUGCAUCUACUUGCAGGUUUUAAUUACAUGGUUAGUGUACAUAGAGAUAUUAUUAUUACGAUUUGGAAGACAAUUUUUGAGUGGGGUGUAUACUACUAUUAUUAUUCUCAAUUGUAGAGAAUUUUUGUUUUAGUUAUAAAUAUUUAAGAAGCACUUGA